AUGCUGACUCGUUUCCGAAGUGCUGUCUUGCGCGGCGCCGUCUCCAUCACGGGAGCCCGCGCAGCCUCAACUGCUCCUGUUGCCGACCACAAGGGCCGUGUUGGCCACGUCUCCCAAGUAAUUGGUGCGGUUGUGGACGUCCACUUUGCCGACGGCGUCCCACCGGUGUUGACUGCCCUUGACGUUGUUGACAAACUUGGCCGUGAUGAGCCUCUUACUCUUGAGAUCGUGCAGCAUCUUGACGCCCACACGGGCCGCUGUAUCGCGAUGCAAACGACGGAUCUCCUCAAACUGAAGGCAAAGGUCGUUUCGACAGGUGGCAACAUUUCCGUUCCUGUCGGCCGGGAAACACUAGGUCGUAUCUUCAACGUGCUUGGAGACGCUAUUGACCAGCGCGGCCCCGUUGGUGAGAAACUGCGCAUGCCCAUCCAUGCCGUGGCUCCCAAGCUUGCGGACCAGGCCGCUGAGGAUGCGGUGCUCACAACUGGUAUUAAGGUGAUUGAUCUCAUUCUCCCUUACUGCAAAGGUGGAAAAAUUGGCCUCUUUGGGGGUGCGGGUGUGGGCAAAACCGUCAUUAUUAUGGAGCUCAUUAACAACGUUGCCAAGGGUCACGGUGGUUUCUCUGUCUUCGCUGGUGUUGGUGAGCGUACCCGUGAGGGAACGGAUUUGUAUCUUGAGAUGAUGCAGUCUAAGGUUAUUGACCUUAAGGGUGAGUCCAAAUGUGUGUUGGUGUACGGUCAGAUGAACGAGCCCCCAGGUGCCCGUGCGCGUGUUGCGCAGUCGGCUCUGACGAUGGCUGAGUACUUCCGUGAUGUGGAGGGCCAAGAUGUGCUUCUUUUUAUCGACAAUAUUUUUCGUUUCACUCAGGCUAACUCCGAGGUGUCGGCGCUUCUGGGUCGUAUUCCCGCCGCUGUUGGCUACCAGCCUACCCUCGCUGAGGAUCUAGGGCAGUUGCAGGAGCGUAUUACCUCAACAACGAAAGGCUCCAUUACUUCUGUGCAGGCCGUAUACGUGCCGGCCGAUGACAUUACCGAUCCAGCUCCAGCAACAACCUUCUCACAUCUGGACGCCACAACUGUGUUGGACCGUGCUGUUGCCGAGUCUGGUAUCUACCCCGCUGUUAACCCACUGGAAUGCGCCUCGCGUAUCAUGGACCCCGACGUUAUCAGUGUGGAUCACUACAAUGUUGCACAAGAUGUGGUACAGAUGCUCACCAAGUACAGGGAAUUACAGGAUAUCAUUGCUGUCCUUGGUAUCGACGAGCUAAGCGAGGAGGACAAACUUAUCGUGGACCGUGCGCGUAAGUUGGUGAAGUUCCUCUCCCAGCCAUUCCAAGUUGCUGAGGUCUUCACAGGAAUGACUGGCCAUUACGUGCAGUUGGAUGACACCAUCGAUUCCUUUUCUGGUCUCCUCAUGGGUACGUACGAUCAAGUGCCUGAGAUGGCCUUCUAUAUGGUUGGUGGUAUCAACUCAGUGCUUGAGAAGGCAAAGAAGAUGGCUGAGGAGGCUGCUGAGCUUGAAAAGAUGCGCCGUGCCCGUGUUGCUCAAGCCAGUAGCUAA